AUGUCUCCAGUUCCGACCAGACCUACAUCUCCGUACGCCGACGUCGAUAUGGCCGACAGUGCCGACCCCGAUGCUGUCUCGGUCCUAUUCGUAUGUCUCGGAAAUAUUUGCCGCUCCCCUAUGGCCGAAGGUGCUUUCCGUAGGACUGUCAACAAUGCUGGUUACGCCGCAAAAUUCCGCAAGAUCGACAGCUGUGGGACUGCGGCUUAUCAUUCUGGGGAACACGCGGACCCUCGAACUCUUCAGAUCCUCGCUAAGAACUCCAUUCGCUUGGACCAUCUUGCUCGUCAGCUACAGACGAGCGAUUUUAAGAACUUCGAUUACAUCCUUGCUAUGGAUAACUCCAAUCUUCGUGAUAUUAAUCGUGUUAAGCCUAAGGAUAGCACCGCUAAAGUGAGGCUCUUCGGGCACUAUGGCUCCCGCAAGGACGAACAGGUGGAGGACCCUUACUACGGCGGCCAGUCCGGUUUCGAGAAAAACUAUAAACAGAUUGUCGACUUCACUAAACGCUUUCUGGUUGAAGAAUUCAACGCGGAUAUUUCCACUGACUCUUAA